GUAGUCCCAUCGAAACGGGACAGCGUCGCUCGUCAAGCCGUGCAAGACGCCCAUUGGGAUUCGCACUCGCGCGAGGUCGUCCGCGAGGUAGCCAACGGAGCCGAGGAACCCGCGCAGCAAGUCGCGGUUCGUCGGCGUCUUCCAAUUCAAGACGGAAUCCACCUUAUCCGGGUCCAUCCGGAUGCCUUGGUCGUCGACAAUACGACCAAGUACCUUCAAUUCCGGCUUCAAGAGCUGGAGCUUGUUGGCGCUAAGGGUAUUGGAUCGCCGAACAGGUAAUUCAUUAACGACUGGAGUGCUCACAGCAGUUCGCUCGACGUGCUCGGGCACAACACGUAUCUCGCGAGACGCGCCGCAAAAUACCAUCCAUAUCGGGCAAAGUUUCGGCGGGUUGGACUUCGCCUUCGGGAUGAGCAGCAUCGGGGCAGUGUUGCCCGAGUUGGUAACCUGCCAGCGGCCGGCCUUAAGCGCGAAGGUCGCCACGGGAGGACUUUGUCCGCAUCAAUAA